AUGGUUCGUUUCUCAAUCCUAGUUGUUGUGUUUCUUUUAUUUGUUGCAUCCUCCUAUGCAGAUCAUGAUGUCGAUGUGCAAUCCAUUUGCAAGCAAGCAAAUGACCCUUCAUUUUGUUUAGUUCUUCUCAAAUCUAAACCUAAUGGUGUAGGUGGAGACCUCAAGAGUUUAGCACAAUACACCCUUAACGUGCUUCACACCAAUACGUCCAAUACACUCACUCUAAUCAACAAACUAAUCGCACAAAGUGGUAGUGAUCCCAAGAAACAAAACCAUUACAAGGAUUGUUUGGCUUUAUUUGGUGUGGAGUAUAAAGGAGUUCUUGGAUAUGUUCUUGAUUCCCUAAAACAAUUCAAAAAUUCCAAGUUCAAUCAAGUGGGUGUGGAUAUGGUUUAUCUCAGGUUCCAUGUUGAUGACUGUAUUUCAGGGGAUCCAUCUGAUACCUCUUUGCUUCCAAAAUAUGGUAAUGAUGUCCGCAACAUUGCUGAUACUACUCUUAUUAUGACAAAUAUGUUAGUACGUCGCUCCUAA